GGAGUAAAUUCAGUUUACCAAAAAAAGAAGAUUUGUAAUAAAGAAGAUACACUGAAAACUCCAUAUGCAUGACCGCAUAUUAACUCUUCUCUCUCUAUCUUUUCUCUCUCUCUCUCUUUCAGUUCAGUUGUGUAAUCCCUAAAUCCCCAAUUUCAGACAAGUUUAGAUUCUCUCUCUCCUUCGGCUCGCGCUUGUGGAAUACGUUCUGCAUAGUCAGCUGUACCAGAAGUGAGUGGGUGGACAAAAUGAACAACGGUUCGUGGUUACCUGAAGAGGACUUCAAGGGUCUCACGGACAACUUCUUUGAUGAUCUCAUCAAUCACAUCGAUUUCCCUCUGGAGGACAUCGAAACAACGAACGAAGAGGGGGACUGGGGUGCCGAUUUUAAGAACCUCAUACCUCCACCAUCGGAUGUGCUCACAAGUUUGUCCUCUGAGUUCACUCGUGGUGGCACCAAUGGCAAUGGACAGCGUGUGGGAGCCCAGAAGAAGCCUGUGCCCACUCUGAAGCAGGAGUCAGGAAUCUCUUCUACCGUUGAUACCUCCCUCCCUGAUGUCAAAGUCUCAAAGCUGUUUCAGUCCUCAAGCCCAGUCUCAGUUCUCGAGAACGCAGCAGCCAAUGGUUCUGCGGCCUCGUUCCAGAACCAAAACAGAGCUCAGAGACGGGCCUUCCCCGUCAAAGGCAUCCGAAGCAAGCGCAAACGCCCCACAAUCCCCACAUUCAUGUCUCUCCACUCCUUCUUAUCCGAAAUGUUAGAGAAGAAGCUUGCUAUGCUGGAUGAUGAUUCAGGCUCUGAAGACACUUACAACCUCUCUUCCGAAAGUUCCGCCAAGAAGAGACGCAAGAAGACCAACAACAACAGCAACAACUCUCACUGUCCGGAACCGUUCAACGCAGAUGGGACAGUCAGGAAGUGCACUCAUUGCGAGACAACCAAGACCCCACAGUGGAGGGAAGGUCCCGGUGGUCCUAAGACACUCUGCAAUGCUUGUGGAGUUCGGUUCAGAUCAGGCCGUCUUCUUCCGGAGUACCGUCCAGCUUCAAGCCCAACCUUCAUCCCAACGGUGCAUUCAAACUCUCACAGGAAGAUCAUAGAGAUGAGAAGGAAAGAGGAAGAAGGCCAGUUUGUUACCGGAAUGCCCCGUGGCUUUAGAUACCGAGGGUAGACAGAGAGAGAGAGAGAGAGAGAGAGACUUUGUAACUUUAUCAGACCGAAGUGAGUUUGGUCUGUGUGAAAACCAAAACUAUGAGGAUCCCUAGAAUGGGAUUAGCUCUCUGUAAGACUUGUCUUCUUUAAAACUAGGGUUUAGUAUCUGUCUUUUAAACAAAACAAAAAAGAAUCUGAUGCAGAGAGUGUCUUUAGGGUUUGUAGUUGCAAAGUUUUUAGGAUCUUUUAAAAGUGUUUGUUUGAUUUAUGUUGGCUGACAUCUGUUUUAUCAGAGUAGUGUAAUGCCAGUUUUCUUUGUUAAAGCUAUUUUGAUAAGAAACCAUAUUUUGCUUGUAUUA